CUUUUGUGUGCGUCCGGAGCGCCCAGCGGAAGGGCUUCGGCGUUGCGCUUCGAGUCGGACAGUGCUUCCGGCAGAGUUGUUCACACAGGGCUGAGUGCUGAAUAAUAUAAUACAUUUUUAAAAAUAUGGAUGAAGAACCUGAAAGAACUAAGCGAUGGGAAGGAGGCUAUGAGAGAACUUGGGAAAUUCUUAAAGAAGAUGAAUCUGGGUCACUUAAAGCUACGAUAGAAGACAUUCUUUUCAAGGCAAAGAGAAAAAGAGUAUUUGAGAACCAUGGACAAGUUCGACUUGGAAUGAUGCGCCAUCUUUAUGUGGUAGUAGAUGGAUCAAGGACAAUGGAAGACCAAGAUUUAAAGCCCAAUAGAUUGGCAUGUACAUUAAAGUUGUUGGAGUACUUUGUAGAAGAGUAUUUUGAUCAAAAUCCUAUCAGUCAGAUUGGAAUAAUUGUAACUAAGAGUAAAAGAGCUGAAAAACUGACUGAACUCUCAGGAAACCCAAGGAAACACAUAACGUCUUUGAAGAAAGCUGUAGAUAUGACCUGUCAUGGAGAACCAUCUCUUUAUAAUUCCUUAAGCAUGGCCAUGCAGACUCUGAAACACAUGCCUGGACAUACAAGUAGAGAAGUCCUCAUCAUCUUUAGCAGCCUUACAACUUGUGAUCCAUCCAAUAUUUAUGAUUUAAUUAAGACCCUGAAAGCAGCUAAAAUCAGAGUGUCUGUCAUUGGUUUGUCUGCUGAGGUUCGGGUUUGCACUGCACUCGCUCGGGAAACCGGUGGCACAUACCAUGUGAUUUUAGAUGAAAGCCAUUACAAAGAAUUGCUAACACAUCAUGUUAGUCCUCCUCCUGCCAGCUCAAGUUCUGAAUGCUCACUUAUUCGUAUGGGAUUUCCUCAGCAUACCAUUGCUUCUUUGUCUGAUCAAGAUGCAAAACCUUCUUUCAGCAUGGCGCACCUGGAUAACAGUUCUGAGCCAGGGCUUACAUUAGGAGGCUAUUUCUGCCCACAAUGUCGGGCAAAGUACUGUGAGCUUCCUGUUGAAUGUAAAAUAUGUGGUCUUACUUUGGUCUCUGCUCCCCACUUGGCACGGUCUUACCAUCAUUUAUUUCCUUUGGAUGCUUUUCAAGAAAUGACCCUGGAAGAAUAUAAAGGAGAAAGAUUUUGUUAUGGAUGUCAGGGGCAACUGAAGGACCAACAUGUCUAUGUUUGCGCUGAGUGCCAGAAUGUGUUCUGUGUGGACUGUGAUGUGUUUGUUCAUGACUCUCUCCACUGUUGUCCUGGCUGUAUUCAUAAGAUUCCAACUCCUAGGCCAGGGAUUUAGCUCAGUGGUUCCGCUGCCUGCCUCGCAAGCAUAAGAUCCCAGUUCGAUCCCCGGUACCAAAAAAAAAAAGAUUCCAACUCCUUCAGGUAUUUGAUUGCAGUAUGAAUACACAUUGUGUGUUAAAAAGAAAUUUGUGCUGGGUGUGGUGGUGCACAUCUGUAAUUCUAGUACUCAGAAGGCUGAGGUAGGAUCACUGUGAGUUCAAGGUCAGCCUGGGCUAUAUAGUAAGUUCAAGGCCAGUAUGAACUACAUAGCGAGAACUUGUCUCAAAAGAAAAAAAAGAAAGAUAUUUGUGACUAUAAGUAAAAUGAUUCUUUAGAAGAAGCUCCAAUUAAAAUAUAAACAACAGGGGCUGGGAAUUUAGCUCACUGGCACCAUACUUGCCUUGCAAGCACAAGGUCCUGAGUUGGAUUCCUGAUACCCCUAAAAAACAAACAAAAUAUGAACAACAGUUUAAGAGAAAAAUCUGAUUUAAGAAACUUUUGCUAAUGGAGCUAGCCAACCAUCGACUGAAUCCUGUGAAGCCAUGAGUCAAAUGAACCUCUCUCCUAUCUUAGUUACUUUUCUCAUCCCUGGUACAUAAUACCCAACAUCCACAAAAGAAAGGUUUUAGUCUACAAUCCAGUGACUCCAGGACAGCAUGACAGAGGAGCAGUGGAAAGCUGCUCAUGUCCUGAAAAAAAAAAAACUUUCACUCAGAAAAUAUAUUUUGUUAAAUUUUUUGUUUCCUGUCACAAAAACGCCUACAAUUCAGCAGUGUUUCAUUCAACUAAUUUGGUUUUGUAUUAUUUGGAGUCAUGUGUUUAAAGUCCUUAUGCAUUAUUAUGUGUAAAUUAUUUGUAAUGAUGAAAUUGAUGUGAUAAUGCCCUUGUUUUAUAAUUGAAAUAAAUUGGUACUUGCUUUGGCAGCACAUAAACUGUAAUUGAAGUAAAUUAAAUGUUUGUGAUUUAUUGUAAUUCAUUAAUCUAGUGUAAGAAGACUUUAAGUACAAAUUAUAAGAUAGAAAUUAAGUAAUAGUUAUGAAAAUUUAAUACAUACGAAAUGAUACACUGCUACAUCCACAAGAGUGUUCUUUUUGUUCUUAAAAUUCUUCGGAGUUCAAUUAUAAAAUUAAUACAUCUGAAUUUAUUUGUGGCUGUGCCAACAGGGGGCUUUUAGGUUAAACAUGCAAACUCACUAGCUUGCCACACCACCCUGGGCCCCAGUUCACCCGAAGAGGAUUAAAGGGAAAGGCAGCCUGUAGUAGGGGUUUGUCAAGCGCUCGUGGGUGGAGUCCAGAUACAGCUUCGCAGGCAGGAGUCACCUAGAAGCUUGGUUCAUACCUCUCCUCUGUGUGGUAACAGGGCUUCAAGGCUUAAAUAACACUAGGAUUCCAAUACAGUGGGAAAAGGUCUUCACCUCCUUUAUGUGCCAUACCUGUUGCUUUUAAAUGUCUUACAUAAUGGAGUAUGGCUAAUUCCAACAUUUUGGUUGGUUGUUAUGUGAGUCUGGUUUUAUUGUAUAGUUAGGGUGAAUGAAUUCAAAGUUGAAAUGUCUCAUUCUGAACCUCUCUGAGUUUCAUCCCCAGGAAGUAUUUAUUUUUUAAAAUUUUUGUGAGACAGUCUUGCUAUGUAGUUCACCCUGGCUUUGACUCACUGGGUGGCCUCAAAUGCCUAGCAAUCCUCCUGCCUUAGCCUUUGAGUGCUGGGAUCACAGGCGUGUGACACCAUGUCAGAUGGGAAGUAUUUAAUUAUCCUCUUCCACUUUCCUAAUCUGGGUCACCGGGGAAAACUAGGUGAUAAGGUCUAUGUUUUAGGUCCAGUGCAACUAUAUCAUUAUUGGUAGAACUCUUCUAGGUUUGCCCCCCUGUUGAAAGUGAAUAAAGCUUCUGAUCCAUAA